CAGAAAGAGAGACAGAACCCCUUCCACUGAUAUCAACAGGUCCUUUCUUGCCGUUUUGAAGUGGAGCGGUACUCUGCGUGCAGUUUCCGCACGUGCACACAUACACACUGACGGGAAAAGAGCGCUCGUGCUCUUCGAAGACGCACCAGAUGGCAAACUUACUCUAAUCUGCUUUUGCGCUCAGUCACCAAAUGAGUGUGUGUGUUCAGCGCGUUCAGCAAGGUCUUCCAAAAAGAUUCUAACAGGCCACAAUCCAAUCUAACUAUGUGAGGGCAUUGGCUUCCUUUCCGACAUCGCAACACCUUGAAUAAAAGAAAAAAAUGACAGAAAAUGUCUUUUCAAGCAUGACUCCUGUUUAUCUAUCAAACACAGAGAUGCUUUUCACUGCCAAGAAUGUUUUGGUGCUUUAGACCCAAAGGGACAAUGUUAUUCGUGUACACCUUGGGUGUUCUCGCUGCCCUAAGGCUUGUGGCACCUCAGGGUUCUUUUCCCAGGCUGGAGAAUAUCGCAGCCAACAAAUUCGUUAGUGUGGUGCCAAGUGAGGCAACAUGUGGCGAUCCGGAGCGCAGCACCUUCUGCCAGGCCGCCCGUACUCACGAUGACCUCCUUGCGUGCUCCCAGCAGUUCUGCAUCCAGGAGUGCCCGUAUCGCUCGUCCACACCGCACCAUACUAACCUCCUCGAUGGGUAUGGGGACUCUUGUCUGACGGGCGAGAGCCAGGAUUUGCAUCCGGGCUCAGAGACCGACUCUGUUAGCUUUGUGUUUGGAAACCAGAGUGCCUGCUUGGCUUCACGCUCUGCUCCGAAGCUGGGACUUGCUGGAUCAUUUACCAUAACGGUUUGGCUGAAACUUGAAGAAGCCUCUGUAAUGACUGUGUUCGAGAAGAGGACUGUGGACCGGCUGGUGUUUCUCCUGACUGUUUCUGAAACAGACGUCCAGUUCCACUACGGUGUUCAGACUGGCCAAAACUUCUUCGUAACCAUAAGCACUGCAGGACGCAUCCAAAAAGGCUACUGGAUACACUUGGCCCUACAGGUACAUAGGACAAGUGUGAGCUUGUUCCUUAAUGGACAAGAAGAAGACGGUACGGCGUUUGACACCAAAACACUGCUAGGCCCAGUCGCUGAUGUCACCUCGGACACUGUGCUUUGGACUGGCCAGAACUCAAAAGGGUCCAAUCAAUUCAUCGGGAGAAUGCAGGAUUUCAGAUUUUAUCCCCAGACUUUGACUAACAGAGAGAUUGAAGAGGUGUACUCUGCCAGAUUCCCUCCACUCCAUACCCAGCCUUCGUGUCGCUGCCCGUCCAGUCACCCAAGAGUGCACCCUGUAGUGGAAAGGUAUUGCAUCGCAAAUGGGGCUGAUGACACCACCAACAACCGCUUGCUCCGCCUCCACCCGCAUGCUCACCCGCUCAACUAUAUCAACGAUAACGACAUCGGCACGACCUGGGUGUCCUCUGUUUUCUCCAGCAAGGAACAACUUGACCAAGGGCUUUCCAUCGCCAUAGACUUGGAGAGCGGAGAGUACCAGGUUUUUUACCUGAUCCUGCAGUUCCGAAACCCGCAACCUGAAGCCGUGCGUAUACAAAGGAAGACCCGUGGCACCUCCGAAUGGAGAGACUGGCAGUACCUAGCUAAGAACUGCAGCAGCUCGUUUGGAAUGGAGGAUAACGGGCCUUUGGCUUACCCAGAUUCGGUCAACUGCCUACAGUUGCCCAGCGAUAUUCCGUAUACUAACGGGAACAUCACCUUCAGCCUGCUAACCCCGGAGCCUAACCUGCGGCCAGGAUACAACAACUUCUACAACAGCGCCACCUUGCAGGAGUUUGUGCUCGCCACCCACGUUCGCAUCCACCUGCAGGGCCAGUACCACACCCGAGGCCCACAAGUGCCCUUCCGCCAUCGCUACUACGCUGUGGAUGAGAUCACCAUCAGCGGCAGAUGUGAGUGUCACGGCCACGCGUCCACCUGUGACACCGCUGUGAAGCCGUACCGAUGUUCCUGCCUCCCCGAGAGUCACACGCAUGGAGAUAAAUGCGAACGUUGCGCGCCACUCUUCAACGACAAGCCGUUCAGAGCAGGAGAUCAAGUGCAGGCAUACAACUGCCGACCCUGCCAGUGUCACGGACAUGCCACUUCCUGCCACUACGAUGCCAGCGUCGACCCUCACCCUCAGGAGCACUACCGGGGAGGAGGCGGAGUGUGUGAUAACUGCACUCAUAACACUGCAGGGAGAAGCUGCGAGCAGUGCCAGAGGUUAUUCUACAGAGAAGUCGGAGCAUCUCUAUUAGCCGAGGACGUGUGCAAACCGUGCGAGUGUAACAACGAUGGAACAGUCAAUGGCAGUCUGGAGUGUGACCAGAUUCGAGGCCAGUGUAAGUGCAAGCGACGCGUGUCUGGACGGCAGUGCAAUCAGUGCCAAGAAGGCUUCUACAGGCUGCAGGCGUCACUCGGUGACGGCUGCCUCGACUGUAACUGCAGCACCGCUGGGACCCUGUGGCCACAUAUUACCUGUCACCAGGACUCAGGGCAAUGCCAGUGUAAGACCAAUGUAAUCGGCCGUACCUGUGACCGCUGUAACUACAGCUUCAAGUUUCUCAACCACACCAAUCCAGACGGCUGCGAACCUUGCGCAUGUAACCCGGACGGAUCUCUUCACCAAUUCUGUAACCCUUUUACUGGCCAGUGUGAAUGCAAGAACGGUAUCCAGGGCCUCCUGUGUGACACCUGCCCUCCUGGGACCUUCGGCCCGAAGAAGGACGGCGUCUGUGUGUCCUGCAGCUGCAGCGCUGUGGGUGUCAUCCCAGGCUCGGCGUGUCACCCUGUAACAGGCCAGUGUGUGUGCCGGGCGCAUGUGGAAGGCCGUCAGUGUGAUUCCUGCAUCGACGGGUGGUACACACCGGGCCGAGACGGCUCUCGGGGCUGCCAGCCGUGUCACUGUGAUCCCAGGGGCACUGUAGAUGAAUCCGCUGUGUGUAAUAAGACGAGCGGGCAAUGCAGGUGCAAAAAGGGAGUGGAAGGCCUUCGCUGUCACCGCUGCGCUGCACAUAUGUAUAACCUGAGCUCGGGGAAUGACACGCACUCAUGCCAGCCGUGCAAGUGCGACCUUAUGGGAACCUUGGCUGGAACAGUGUGCGAUCCUGACAGUGGGCAAUGUGUGUGUGUGCCUAGCCAUCACACACAGGACUGUCACAACUGCAAGCCAGGGUAUUUUCAUUCGGACGAACAUCAGGGUCAGUGUAAGGCCUGCGACUGUCACCCAGUCGGAGCAGUCGGACAAGAGUGUGCUGCGGACACGGGACAAUGUGUGUGCGCUAAUUUGUCUCUAGCUGGCCGCAAGUGUGACCAAUGCCGCCAUCUUUACUUUGGUUUUGACCCCAUCAUGGGCAGGUGUGAGCGGUGUGGCUGCAAUCCAGCCGGGAGUUUCAACGGCUCCUGCCACGCCGAGACAGGCCAGUGCCCGUGCAAGCUGUUCGUGACAGGCGAGAAAUGUGAACUGUGUGUAGAAGGAGCGAGUCACAUGGACCCGGCCAACCACUUGGGCUGCAGUAAAGAGCCCAGACAACAACCUCCACCACUGGGCACUGUACUCAACGCUAGCACCAUCGAGCUGAGCUGGAACCCCCCAGAUUCACCCAACAGCAACUCCCUCACCUAUACGCUUCUCCGGAAUGAGGAGCCAGUCCAUACCAGCUACCAGCAGCUGCCUUUCAGAAUGCUGCACUUCACAGACACUGCUCUGUCUCCCUACACCUUCUACACCUACCGGCUCGUCGCCAGCAAUGUCCACGGCAACACCAGCAGCUCCAGCGUCCUUCUUCGCACUCUGUCCUCUGUCCCUGAUCUCAGUUACGUUCAGCUGAACAUUGUGGGUCGUGUUAACCCUAGCAGCAUUUCGUUCAACUGGACCGAGCUUCUGAACACCUCAGGCCCUGUAGAGCACUACAUUUUGACUUCAGUGGAAGAACAGAGUGGAGAGGAGAAGCUUCAUUAUCAGGGCCUUGGAUCAGAGGCUACGGUGGACUCCCUGAACCCAUUCACGCGGUACAUCUUCAACUUGCAGGCCUGCACUAACGGUGGUUGCGCUCGGACCGCCAACAUCACCGUGGUUACAGCACAGGUUCCACCUCAGCGGCAGCCCGCACCGCGUGUGACCGCACUUUCCCAAACACAGCUACGAGUUGACUGGGAGCCACCGGCCAUGCCAAACGGUAUAAUUAUCAGGUACGAGCUCUUUAUGCAAGUGAUCGAUGAGUCGCUGGGAAACGCAACUGGUCCCAGCACUGAUCGCAGGAUUUUCCUCAGCAGCGGUUGGCUGGAUUCGACUCAGAAUUCCGACUCAGCCAACGAGAACGCCCUGAGUCCACCCGAGAGCAGCACGGUGGUGUCUGAUCUGCAGCCCUUCACCGCAUAUCGCUUCAGAGUGCUCACUGUUAACAUGGCCGGCAGCACUACGUCAGAUUGGAGCACUGCUCGUACUGCAGAGGGAGUGCCGGAGUACAUGAGCCCCCCUCGGGUGUCUCCGGUGUCUUCGUCUUCACUUCGAGUGAGCUGGGAGACACCACGGGAGCGGGACGUCCGGGGGGUGGUGACCUCAUACCGGGUGAGCCUUUGCCAAGAGCGGACCUCCAACCCAUUCACCCCUCCUAUAGUGACACAGCUGUUGUACAACGCCUCAGCAGACGAGCGGAGCUACACCGUGACAGGACUGAACAGCUACGAGGUCUACAGCUUCACUGUGACGCUGUGUAACACACUGGGGUGUGUGAGCAGUCUUCCUGCUUCAGGACGGACCCAUCCUUCAGCACCGGCAGGGUUAAAGGCCCCCAGACUGAAGCCUUUAAACAUGACGGCGAUGGAGAUCAUGUGGGCUCCUCCAGCUGAGCUGAACGGUCCUCCACCUGUCUACUACGUCGAAAGGACCGACGUAUCCUUCUCAGAUGCAGAGGGCCACGUCAUCAGAGGAAGACGCUUCACCGGGACGGGCUACUACCUCUUUCCCAGCUCUACACUACUUGUUAACACCGACUUCACAGGUGUUCAGCUGAGUUUCCGAACACGGAUGGAAGAUGGACUGAUCCUGUGUGCUUUUUCCCCUGGAGAGCAAGAAGAAUUUGUGGCUCUGCAAAUGCGCAACGGCCGGCCCUAUUUCCUCUUUGACCCUCAGGCCUCAGUCGUGGCCAUCAGUCCACAAGAUGAUGGAGGGCGAAAGUAUAAUGACAACCAAUGGCACCGACUGAUCGCUACUAGAAAGCAAGCCCUGGGAACUAUCACUGUAGAUGAUCAAUACCAUGGCUCAAGUGCAGCAACCAGUGGCAGCACCAUAAUUGGCCAAAAUACAGGGAUCUUUUUUGGAGGACUUCCAGAGAAUUUCACUAUUCAUCGGCAAGACACUGGUCUGGCCAGAUUGGCACGUAAAGGUUUCGCAGGCUGCGUGAGGGAUGUGCUCAUCCAGAGGAGCAGUAGUCCUGAGGCCAUUUGGGAGCCAUUAGAUUGGGACUCAGCCCUGGAGGAACAUGAGACGUAUAGGGACUGGGAGGGCUGUCCUGCACAUUCUGAGUUUGGGGCCUAUUUCCUCGGACAUGGAUUUCUCAAACUGGACCUGGACGUGUUCACUGGUGGAGAUGAAUUUGAAAUCUCCUUCGAGUUUAAAACUGAUCAGCUGAAUUCACUCCUGCUUUUCGCAUACGAUAUCAAUGGCAAAGAUUAUAUUUUGGCGGAGCUGCAAGGCGGGAUCCUCUCAUGGGCGUUGCGUUGGGGUGAUCAGAAGGCGGAGCUUGCUGUGUGGGUGGGCCUGUCCUAUUGUGACGGAGGCUGGAACUCUGUCAUGAUGCUGAAGCGUGGAGCACUAACCAGAGCUGCUCUGAAUCAUGCGGUGGAGCAGCACAGGAGCGAGAGAGGUGGAAACCUCAAUAUCACCUCUCCACUUUAUAUAGGAGGCGUCCCAGGUGGACUUCAGCACCCAGCGCUGCACCAGCACAGUCUGCUGCAUGGAUUCGGUGGCUGCAUCAGGAACGUUCGAUUGGCUGCAAGUGGUCCUGUCUUAAACUUGGCCAUGGUGUCGUGUGCCGCUGUCAGAGUCAAUCUGGAUGGAUGCCUGUCAGCCGACACCAGCGUUAACUGCCGGGGAAACGACUCAAUCCUGGUGUACACAGGCAACGAGAUCAGUGCUCUGGAUCUGACUCUGCAGCCCUUCACUGAGUACUUGUACAGAGUGAUAGCAUCUGGAGAGGGAGGGUGGACAGCUGGAGCGUGGCAGCGAGGACGCAGUCAGGAGACAGCUCCACAAAGUGUGCUGCCUCCCUCCAGAGUUGCCGGUGUAAAUGGCUCCAGCGCGGAGGUGAGCUGGGAGGAGCCGCCUGAGGUCAGAGGUGUAAUUGAGCGCUACGUGGUGAAGGCAUACAGCCGGGACAGUCCCUCGUCCCUCCCAAUCAGCGCCACCUUUAACGCGCAAUGGCUGAUGGGAACGUUAAGUGGCCUGGCUCCUUUUAGCAGCUACAGUGUUACCCUGACGGCGUGCACUCGGGCCGGUUGUGGAGAAAGCCUGCAUGCCAUCAGCCUCACCACACCACAAGAGGCUCCUGAUGAAGUUCUUCCACCUCGAGCCGUUCCACACCUGGAUUCUCUUUCUGUGGUCUGGGAUCAUCCUCAAAAACCCAAUGGCAUCAUCACACAUUACACACUCUUCCAUAACCGUGCGGCCAUCUACCACGGCAACGACACCGCCUUCAACAUCACCGGUCUAGGAGUGUACACUCCGCACACACUUCUGCUGAGCGCCUGCACUGAAGCAGGUUGUACUAACAGCUCUGCGGUCACACUUUUCACCGCUCAGCUCCCACCAUCGCACAUGGAGCCACCUGUCCUGACCGUCCUAGAUGCUCAGAGCAUAAACGCCCGGUGGUCACCCCCUCUCGAGGCUAACGGACAGCUUCUGUUCUACAUGCUGUAUCAGGCCCUUUCUACAGAGGAACCAAUUGUGGUGUACAACAGCUCUCAGCUCUUUGAGGAUCACACAUUGCGAAACCUUGUCCCUGGAAGUACCUACUUGUUCCAGAUUGCUGCUUGCACAGCAGGCGGCUGCACUCUCAGUGCCCCCAGCAGUACCCAAACCGACGAGAGUUCUCCAGAAGACGUGCCGGAUCCCAGCGUCGUCCACGUUUCUCCACAUUCAAUAAACCUGACCUGGGGACCUCCACUAAAGCCCAACGGUGUGAUCAGCAGCUACGGCGUCUGGAUGGACGGCGUACUGAGGCAGAACUCCUCCCUUACGAGCUUCGCGGCGGUCGGCCUUUCCCCCUGGAGUUUGCACAGCUUCCGUGUUCAGGCGUGUACGGCGCAGGGCUGCGCGCUCGGUCCGUCGACGGAGGUGCGGACUUCAGAAAUGCCCCCUGUUGGCAACAUUCUCCUGGAAAUCCUCCCUGAGAGCCCACAAUCAGUUUGGGUAAAAUGGGAAGCACCAGGCAAAGCCAACGGCAACCUCACUUACUCGGUCCUCUUUACCGGAACCUUCUACCAGGCGGCAGGAAAGAACUCGAGUGAAACCGAAGAGCCGGUCAAUGAAACGCGAGAGCUGCUCAGCGCGGAUACAGCAGGAAGCUGGGUGUCUGUAGGAUGUCUGCUUCCCUUCUCCAACUACAGUGUACUAGUGAGAGGCUGCAACACUCAGGGCUGUGUGGAGAGCGCCUCCAUCAGUAUCUCACUUCCUCCGGCAGCUCCAGAUGGCCUCUUGCCCCCGAGGCUGGCAGCUGCCACCUCUACCUCUCUGCAAGUGGCAUGGCUUAGUCCCUCCCGCCCCAAUGCUCCUGGGACACUGCGCUAUCAGCUGCAGAUGAAAAACCCGGCCACCCAACACGUCCUGCAAGUGGUGGAUAAUGAGAUGGAAACGGUGUUUACUCACUUGGUGGAGGAUUUGGAACCAUACACAGAGUACCAGUUCAGAUUGCUGGUGUCUAACCACUAUGGAGAAGCUGGCAGUUCCUGGGUGUCUUUCCAUACUGCUCAAGACCGCCCUACAGCUAUAGACCCACCGGUGCUGUAUGAGAUCCAACCUAGAAAUGCUACCAUAUCCUGGUCUCCUCCCUCACGCCCUAACGGCAACCUUACUCACUACAACAUCUACCAGAACAGCCAACUCGUCACCACCGUGCAUUCCAACACCACCACCCUCACGCUCUCCAACCUGGAACCCUACCAGCAGUACUUCAUCCAGGUGGAGGCAUGCACCGAAAUGGGCUGCACCCUCUCAAAUUCGCACACACUCAACACACUUCCAGCACCUCCACAAGGGGUGAGCAGGCCUCGGCUCUACUCAGACACGCCCACCUCUGUCCUGGUGUCCUGGGCUCCACCUUUGCAUUCCAACGGACCUCUCAAGAGUUACAUAUUGGGAAGGGUUAAUGGCAUUGAGAAGAUUUUCACAGUGGCCACCAUGAUGCCUAACCAGACUCUCACCUACCUUGACAACUCAGCUUCUCUCAGUCCCUGGAGGACUUAUGAAUAUCGGGUCAUCGCCACAACCAACCAAGGAGGCUUUAACAGCAGCGAGUGGGAAAGGGUCACAACCCGACCUUCACGACCAGCAGGAAUACAGCCACCAAAAGCGCUGGUGCUCGGGCCCGAGUCUGUCCAGGUAACAUGGUCAAGCCCAUUGAUACCCAACGGAGAAAUUGAGCGGUACGAGAUCCGGAUGCCAGAUCCACGUGUAUCCCACAAUGACACCUCUACGCUGAACCGCACUAUCACCGGCUUAGAGGCGUACACCAACUACAGCGUGAGCGUCCUUGCCUGUUCAGGGGGCGGGGGCUUUGUCGGAGGCUGCACAGAGAGCCGGGCCACGCGGGUCACUACGUUGCCGACGAUUCCGCAAGGGCUUUCGGAACUCUCGGUCGUCGCCAUCAGUGAAUCUUUCCUGGCUGUGUCGUGGCAACCACCGUCAAGGCCGAACGGCCCGAACAUACGGUACAAGCUGUUGAGACGGAAAACCCAGCAGCCCCUGGCCUCCCAUCCCCCUGAAGAUUUCAAUCGCUGGUACCAUGUUUACGCAGGAGACAAAUUGUUCCACGAAGAUAAAGGCCUUAGCAGAUACACAUGGUACGAUUACCAGCUGCUGGUGUACAACGAUGUGGGCCACGCUUCAGGAGACGUGUCUUCAGGAGUCACUCUGGCCGGUCCACCGCUCCGUGCUGUUAAUGUUUCUGCCCAGAACGUCAACCACACCGCCAUUCUGAUUAACUGGACCACACCCACUCUGCAGGACCUGCAGGGAAACGUGGAGCUCUAUUUUCUCACACUCAGUUCCACCCAAACAUUCAAGCUUGACCCCUCUGUGACCUCGGUGCUAAUCUCUGACCUACAACCCAACAAUGAGUACACGUUCUCGCUGACCGUGUUCAAUGGAGCUCACAAUAUCACCAGUCCGGACAUCACAUGUACUACUGCAGACGGUGAGCCUGAAGGAGUUUUUCCGCCCGAGAUUGUGACCCUGAACAGUACAUCCGUACGGGUUCUCUGGGCAGCUCCUCUGGUUCCUAAUGGAGCCAUUACGCACUACUCUGUGUUUCUGGAUGGCCGGCUGUACACCUCGACUGACAACACAUCUGGAUCGCUGGAGCUGGGAGGCCUCCAGCCUUUCACCGUGUAUGAUGUUCAGGUGGAGGUAUGCACAGUGUAUGCUUGUGUGAAGAGCAACAGCACCAAGUUAACAACCGUGGAGGACAUGCCAGCUGACAUAGCAGCACCUAGCAUCCGAGUGCUCAGUUCCAGAUCUGUCAGACUGGAGUGGUCAUCACCUGGCCGGCCCAACGGCAUCCUGGGAGGCUACGAGAUCCACCGCAAGACCCUGAAGCCUUGUAAAGAGCUCCAGGCCGAGCAGGCCGUGUUUUCCCAGACUCGGUGCUCGUAUUUGCAGUGCCCUAUAAAUCAGGACUUUUGUGGAAAUUCCUGUUACCGGCCAGAAGAGCAGGUGUGUUGUGAAAAGACUAUACACAGCUUUAAAGAAUCCCACCAGUGUUGUAAUGAGCAUUACGUACCUGCUGUAAAUGACUCGGUGAGUGUGUGCUGUGGAGGGAGAUUACACAGGCUUCGACCACAAUACCAGUGCUGUGGAGAGUAUUACGUCCUCAUCCGUCCAGGUGAGGUCUGCUGUCCGGAUUCCGGAGGUUUGCGAGUGUCGAUCGGUUUCGGCGAUUCGUGUUGUGGGUCGAAACCCUUCUCCUCCACGGUUGGUCAGAUCUGCUGCGAAGGAUUGCUUCAUGACGGUUACAGAUCGCAGUGCUGCGGAGGAAAGCUGGUCUCAGAAGAGGCGGCGUGCUGCGGAGACGCGCACAAAGGAACGCCGUACCCUCCUGUGUUAGGAAUGGCGUGCUGUGGAGAACACCACAUCAACACAUCCACAGCGCUAUGUUGCUCGGGCCCGGGUCAAGAGGCGAAAGCUCACGUGCUGGAGAACAGGACAUCGUCUCUGAAGUGCUGCUGGACCGAGCUAAUCGAGCAGGACAUGGAAUGCUGUAACGGCAUCGGGUUCGACCCGAACGUAUCUGUGUGUGGAGACCGAACUCCACAUGAUUCCAUCAUCAUGGAACCAUGUCGUCCCAGCACUCUUUGUCCUGUCUCUGCAGCCUUAACAGCCUACUGUGGUGUGUGUGAUUUGAACCCAAAUCAGCUCACAUGUACCCGUGUGCCAGAUGAGCCAGGCGCCCCCACACCAGGAUCCUCGAACUUAACCCGAACACCGCACCCUUCAGAGGCCGCACACACUCACUUCUGCCCAGUAGCUGAGGAGCUCAUCUCCAGUGGUGGGGCAAAUAGCUACUAUUUUACAGACACCAAUUUGGAGCCAUUCACCACCUAUGAGUACAGAGUAUCUGCAUGGAACCGACGUGGCCACGGGUUCAGCCCGCCUUCUUGGAUCACUACUAAAGAGGACGUACCUCAAGGUGUCCUGCCCCUCCGUUGGAGCCGGGUGGGCCUCCGAGACGACAUCAUCUUGCUCAACUGGUCCUCUCCGAUUAAAGCAAACGGUGAGAUCAGCCACUACGUGGUCUCGCGAGAUGGGCGCGAGCGUUACCGUGGAACUGAGAGGAGUUUCACUGAUGCUGGAGGCAUUCAGCCUUUCCACGAGUACACGUACCAGCUAAGAGCCUGUACUAUAGCCGGCUGCACGCGCUCCUCCAAUGUGGUGGCAGUGACUGUCCAGGGGGUACCAGAAGGUGUUGCUUCUCCAAUAGUGAGAGCUCUGGGGCCCAGAACUCUUCACUUGAGCUGGGAGGCUCCGUCUAAACCCAACGGUGUGGUGCGGGAGUAUCGGCUUAACCAAACUGGAGUCGGACUUAUUCACACACACACUCACGGAAAGAUGGAGCACGUACUCCAAGGACUGCAGCCUUACACCAACUACAGCUUCGUGCUCACGGCCUGCACGGUAGUCGGCUGCGGAACAAGUAAGCCAUAUAUAGGCCGCACCCUGCAAGAUGCACCGGAAGGCAUCUGGUCCAUUCUGAGGCACAUUGUAGUGAACAGCACGGCAAUCAAGCUCUACUGGAGUCCGCCAUCUCGACCCAAUGGCCGACUCACACACUACCGGCUCCUGCGUGACAAAGAGAGUGUGUACUCCGGCGGCCCACAUAACAACGAACACACAGAUGCCAACCUGCAGCCUAACACCAGUUAUGUUUAUGAGCUGGAAGCCAGUACUGAUGCUGGUAGCAGUGUGAGCAGCCAGUACAUCAUCCAGACCCCUGUGUCCUCCCCGGAGAAGAUCCCCGCUCCUUAUAACGUCAGCGUCUUGGGCUCUCGCUCUGUCUCUGUCGCGUGGUCACUCCCAGGUGUGUAUAACACCAGUCUCCCCCUGGACUACAGCAUCCUGCUGAAUGCUGGUACUGAGCGCCCCCUGUCCCGGUCAGCUGGUCCUCACCGCUCCCUCCUGCUUGACGGACUGGACCCGUUCACAACUUAUGAUAUAAGAGUUCAAGCCUGCCAAGCAGAUGGUUGUGGUGUAGGGGAAGGCAUCUCUGUCCAGACAUCUGAAGCAGCACCUAAGGCUCUGGAUCCUCCUGAGCUCAGUGCAGCAGGAGCAGAAGUUAUUGAAGUGCACUGGAGUCCUCCACGCAAGCCCAAUGGAUUGAUCACUGCGUACUUCUUAUACAGGCGAUUGAAAGGAACCCUGGAAGAGCUCCUGGUUUUCAUCUGGUCCAAUGGUCCUCUGGAGUUUAUCGAUGCCUCAGACUUCCUCAAGCCUUUCACUGAGUAUGAGUACAGAGUCACUGCCCAGAACUCUCAGGGCUCCGUCUCCAGCUCCUGGAGCUCCGUCUGCACACUGGAGGCUGAGCCGGAGGGAAUGGAAAUGCCCACGGCACGGCCCACUGGUGCUUACUCCGUCCUCCUAAACUGGACACAGCCCAGGAAUCCUAAUGGUCUCAUCUUCAAGUACAAAGUGUUAUAUAAGCAACAAUCCAGAGAUCCCACACUCAACUCCAGCAUCAUUACAGCCCUCACAGUGCAGGGAGAUGUAUACCAGGCCCAUGUAUUUGGAUUCGAACCGUACACCACCUAUGGUGUGUGUGUGGAGGCGGUGAACAAAGCAGGGAGUGUCUGCAGUCCUUUGGCUUCAGUUCAGACUCUCCAAGCUUCUCCCAAUGGUCUGGCCAACUUCAGCGUGGAAAAGAGAGUGCAUGGACGUGCACUACUGCUGCAUUGGCUUGAACCUGGCUCGCCUAAUGGAAUCAUCAAGACUUAUAACGUCUACAGUGAUGACAACCUGGAGUUCAGUGGUCUUUCACGCCAGUUUCUGUUUCGCCGCUUGGAACCCUACACCACAUACUCUUUGGUUCUAGAGGCUUGCACUGAAGCAGGCUGCACCAGGAGUGUCCCUCAGCCUAUAACCACUAAUGAAGCCCCUCCCUCAUCUCAGCUACCCCCUAGCGCCCAGAAUAUUGGCCCCAACAGCGUGGAGCUCCACUGGGUCCCACCUGGACAAGCCAAUGGAAGAAUUCUGCAUUACCAAGUACUAGCGGUCAAGAGUGAUGAGGAUGACAUGGUACAAGCCAAGGUUGCUUACACAGAAAGGGACGUCCAGGCUUAUAGCUUCUUCUGCAAUGUUUCCAGCCUAAAACCCUGGACCAGGUAUAAAUUUAAGGUGCGGGUUACAAACACAGCAGGGUCAACUGAAAGCUCAUGGCUGACUCUUCAAACAAAGCAAGCUCCUCCGAGCGGACUGGCAGCCCCAACUGUCAGUCACCUUGAAGGGCACCCUAAUGAGCUUUUUGUAAAUUGGACACCACCGUUCGAGGCCAACGGUGUUCUUACGAGUUACAGGAUUCAGAGAGAUGACAUCAGCUUUCAUUUCAGCUUCGACUCGUCCGUUUUAAACUAUACAGAUGAGGAUUUGACUGCUUACACUAACUACAGCUAUGCAGUUAUCGCAUGCACAAUAGCUGGCUGCGUUACAAGCCAGUCAACUACAGUUAGAACAUUGGAGGCUGCCCCAGCAAUAAUUGAGCCACCCACUGUAUCGUAUAUUACCUCCCACUCCUUAAAUGCAUCAUGGACCAUACCGGCCAUCCAGAAUGGAGAGAUUGUGGCGUAUAUUCUCCAGACCAACAUGGAGGAGGUUUACCGUGGGAAAAAGCUGAGUGUCCAGGUGUCUAAUUUAAAGCCACACACUUCAUAUUCUCUCAUCCUAACAGCCUGCACUAAUGGAGGCUGCACAGCCAGUCUGCCCACCUCUGUUCUAACCAGAGAGGCUCCCCCUUCUAGCAUGCCAACCCCAAGUCUGAAGGUCACCGGUCCUGAGUCAGUGGAGGUGUCAUGGAAAGAGCCCGAUCACCCCAAUGGGGUUAUCACAGGUUACGAACUCCGGCGCGAUGGCCACCUGAUCUACGCCGGCAUGGAUACUCGUUACCAUGACUUUCUGUUGCUUUCCAGCAUUGAGUACAGCUACACAGUCACGGCUAAUAACAGCCAGGGCACAGCCACUAGUCUUGCAGCAGUGGCUCGUACACAGCCUUCAGUUCCAUCAGGAGUUGCUCCACCACAACUGCAAGCCCUUGGGCCACUAAGUGUGCUGGUGCAGUGGGAGCCACCAGCACGAGCAAACGGGGUCAUCAUCAGCUACUCGCUUUAUACACGUGACCCAACCGAGCCCAAUGCGCAGAGGACGAUCUUUGCACCGCAUCACAGCGCCUUUCAGAGUCGCAGUUUCUCUCUCACCGCUUUGAAGCCUUACCACAGGUAUGAAGUGCGAGUGGAGGCCUGCACUUUGCUCGGAUGCGCCGCCAGCGACUGGUCUUCGAUUCAGACUCAGGAGGUGCCCCCUGCUGGACAGAGUGCACCCCUGCUGGAGCUGCAGACCGACUCAGAUGGCAUGCAGAAUAUUUUUUUUAUCUCCUGGGCUCCUCCGGUUCAAGCGAAUGGCAAACUUUUGCACUACAAGCUCUACCGGAGACUGGGUGAAGAUAUAGGAAGCCGCCCUACACUUCUCUACCGCAACAUCUCGUCCUCCUAUCAUGACCACAAGCUGCUGCCUUACACAGCCUAUGAGUACCAGGUGUGGGCUGUGAACUCUGCUGGAAGAACAGGAAGCCCUUGGACUAUGGGUCGGACUGGGCCAGCUCCUCCCGAGGGUUUGGGACCUCCUACAUUUUUGCACAUCCAAGCUACCUCUGCUGUAGUGGAUAUCAGUCCUCCUGCCAAGCCCAAUGGCAUCAUCACUAUUUAUAGAGUUUUUGAUCAGAAAAAGGACUCACAUUAUCUGUUGUCAGAGGGGACAUCACGGCAGCAAAAGUUGCACGGCCUUAUGCCCUUCACCACCUACUCUGUUAGGGUGGAGGCUUGUACCUGCUUCUUGUGUUGCAGUCGUGGACCUGAGAGUGAACUCCACACUCAGGCCUCAGUCCCAUUCCAGCAACCUCCACCUCGACCUGUUACUCUCACCUCGCGCUUUGCUCUACUCGAGUGGGAUGAGCCUCUGCAGCCCAAUGGAAUCAUUGAAAGCUGUGAGCUGCUGGUGCGCACGGCUUGCCCCAACCGCUGCAACCAGUGCCAAUGACUUGUUCUGUGGGGCCAGUGGAGACCAGGUUCUUUGGAAAGGGCCUAAGUCUUAAUGUCACUGUCCUCCUCCCUUACACCACCUAUGAAGUCUGUGUGGUCUCUUAUAACA